CCAGCGCAAGCCCCGGAAGUACAUCGCAAGGGCUUGUGGGUAAAGAGGGUUGUUAGCAAUUCAAGUUAGUGUUCAUUUCUGGUCAGUUUUGUCUUUAAAAGCGUUAGCUAUGGGGUAACUGGUUCAUACACAUUACAAUAAAACAGGAUUUAAAGUCACGUAUUAUCGUAAAGUGUUAGCGCGAGGGUUUUCUUUUGGGGACCACAGUCCCGAUUUGUGCGGGAAGUGAAACCCUGGACCAUGAAACUACGCCACCCACAAUGCAACGCUCCGGAGGGGGUCAAAUCUGAAUUUAAACGGUUAAAGCAGCAGAGCUGUGUUUAACAGUUCUCUUAACGCUUCAACCAGACCAUAAUAACUCAGCUCGGUGGAUGUUUCGUGGUGUUGUGUAGACUUAUGUAGCUACCGACCCCAUCAGCGUGGGUUUCCUCGGACAGACUCUUCUGUUUGUGCCAUGACUUUUACCGGAUUUUGCCAGUUAGCGCUGCUAGGCUAAGCUAACUCGUUGCUAACGUGUGAUGACUUUCAGUGCGUUCUGUGACGUUUCGCAGGUGAUGACAGAUCGACGUUAUUAACGGUAACUACAGUUUUAUUAUAACGCCAUUCUCCGAAGAGUCACGUCACCGAGGAGCGAGGAGACCAUGGCCCUCGCCCCGAAGGAGCUGUCCAACCUGCUGAGCAUCAUAUCGGAGGAGGCAUGCACCAACACCUUCGAGAGCCUCUCCACCCACUUCCACCACUACUUCGGGAAAGCGGAGCACUUCCGGGUGGGUUCGGUGCUGGUCAUGCUCCUCCAGCAGCCGGACCUGCUACCCAGCUCUCCGCAGCGGCUCACUGCGCUCUACCUGCUGUGGGAGAUGUACCGCACGGAGCCGCUGGCCGCUAACCCGUUCGCCGCAGUGUUUGCACACCUUCUGAAUCCAUCACCUGCCGGGGAGGAGCCGGAGAAGGUGCUCUCAGGCUUCCUGCCUCCCAUCACCCAGCCAGAGAAGUUCUUCCUGUCUCAGCUGAUGUUGGCGCCGCCCAGGGAUCUCUUCAAAAAGACGCCCAGGCAGGUGUCCUGCAUGGACGUCGGCAACAUGCCCCAGUCCAUAGACAUCAGUGGACUGCAGCUAGCGUUAGCAGAGCGUCAGUCAGAGCUGCCCACUCAGAGCAAAGCCAGCUUCCCCAGCAUCCUGAACGACCCCGAUCCAGAUUCAUCCAACUCAGGAUUCGACAGCUCCGUGGCCAAUCAGAUCAUCGAGUCUCUGGUCACAGGGCCCCGACCUCCUCUGGAGAGUCACUUUCGCCCCGAGUUCAUCCGGCCACCGCCUCCUCUGCACGUGUGCGAGGACGAGCUGGCGUGGCUGAACCCCACCGAGCCGGACCACAGCGUCCGAUGGGAUCGCUCCAUGUGCGUGAAGAACAGCACCGGCGUGGAGAUCAAACGCGUCAUGUCCAAGGCCUUCAAGAGCCCGCUGUCCGCCCAGCAGCAGUCACAGCUGCUGGCCGAGUUGGAGAAGGACCCAAAGUUGGUUUAUCACAUCGGUCUGUCCCCGGCAAAGCUCCCUGACCUGGUGGAGAACAACCCACUGGUGGCCAUCGAGAUGCUGCUGAAGCUGAUGCAGAGCAGCCAGAUCACGGAGUAUUUCUCCGUGCUGGUGAACAUGGACAUGUCGCUGCACUCCAUGGAGGUCGUCAACAGGUUGACCACAGCUGUGGAUUUACCUCCAGAGUUCAUCCACCUCUACAUCUCCAACUGCAUCUCCACCUGUGAGCAAAUCAAAGACAAGUACAUGCAGAACCGCCUGGUCCGUCUGGUCUGCGUCUUUCUCCAGUCGCUGAUCCGAAACAAGAUCAUCAACGUCCAGGACCUCUUCAUCGAGGUUCAGGCCUUCUGCAUCGAGUUCAGCCGCAUCCGAGAAGCCGCCGGCCUGUUCCGCCUCCUCAAGACCCUGGACACCGGAGACAACCCCGGCGAGGCCAAACCGGCCAAAUAACGACGCUCACAGAGACACUGCACGGACGGUGGAAGUGGCCCGAAUUACUAAAAUAAUGCCACGUUUAUCAAAACUAUCAGAGGGACGCGGUUUGUUUCAACAUUCUUCAUGUCUUUGUACGUCACAGGAGCCGGAACUAAAGCGAGUUAAUAUUGUAAAUAUGUAGUGACGUUUUCUUCAGACCUUAAAAUCCAGUUCUGCCUCUGAACUCUGUCACCAUUUCCCCCUUUUCUCUUUUCCAGAAGUUUAAAAAAAAAAGGAUCAACUCCGUUCACCUUUUCAUUUUUUUAACCAGGGCUCUCUUUCCUUUGGAAAUCUUGCGAUUUUUCUCAAAUUAAACAGAGUAAUUCAA